UUAAUCCCCUUUCCAUUAAUGCCAAAGGAGAAACUAAACCGUAUUACCAAAUCCCAUAGUGCUAACUCAACGUAUUACUGUCAAUUUUUAAGUACUUUUUGGCCUUCAACUUUCCUCUUUCCCUUUGCCCUUUCCAAUUUCCUUGUAUAAAACCCAGCCAAAAAAUGCGAGAAAAGCGGAAGAGAGUCCACUUUCAAGUCCCAGAAAUGAAUGAAGGGAUAGACAAUUCUGAGCCUGAGCAAUCCCACAAGGGAAAGCUUGUUCUCGACUCGAGCGAAGACUCUCUCGAUUCCAUACUUGACCUGCAACGCCGUGAAAUCGCCGAUGCCAAAACCCUGCACUCUGAUCUCGACUCGAGCGAAGACUCUCUAGAUUCCAUACUUGACCUGCAACGCCGUGAAAUUGCCGACGCCAAAACCCUGCACUCUGAUCUCGACUUAGCUUUUAAUCUCCAAAUGGAAGAAGCAGUGAAUGCCUCUCUCUCUCUGUUUUCCUCUUCUAGUUCGUAUUCUCCACAUAAAGACUCCAAUGUCGACGUUUCUUACUCCGAAAACGACGUCAGUUUCGACUAUAUGGCUUUACUCUUAGAAGACAUUGAGAGGUGGGAUCAAGAGAACAAGGACCGGGAAAUGUGCAAACGAUUGAGGAGAGAAAUUAAAGAAGAUCUGAAUCGUCGGAUUCACGACAAGGAAGUGGCUAGUGAAAUUUUGAGAAUAUCUGAUGAUGAAUGGGAAAAACACGGCGAUAACUAUCAGAAGCCAUAUGGAGCCCAAGAGGGUUGUUCUUCGUCUUCUUCGUUGGUUAGUGAGCUAGAACUUUUUAAUAGUGAGGGCUUUAAAGUGUACUGUAAGGGACUGGAGAGUGAAGAGAUGAUUAAGGAAAAUAAGGUUAUUGUGGGUGGGGUUGGCGUGGCUAUUUGUGAUUCGAGGGAUAAUGUGAUUUUUGAGUUGAGUAAGCGUUUGGAGGUUGGAUAUGGUGUUCAUGAUGAAGAGAAAUGUAAGAUUGGUGAACAGGCUGCGGAGAUGGAGGCUUUGGUUGAAGGGUUAAAUGCUGCUUUGGAUUUGGAUUUAAAGAACGUUACUUUCUUUUGCGAUGACUUUAUGGUCUACAAUUAUGUUACAGGGAGAGUUCAACUAUUUCAAAGUAGGAUUUCAACCUUGGUCAAUCGGUUGUCUCUGCUUCAAAAAAAAUUUGUAGAAUGUAGGCCAUCUCUGGUAGCACGUAAUGAAGUGAAGUUUGCAUUUAAACUGGCAAGAGAUGCUAUAAUUUCCCAGAUAACGUGGUCUGCAGAAGCUGGCAAAGGGAAAAAGAGUCUGAAGGAGACUUGCGUAAUUUGCUUUGAGGAUAGAGAUGUGGGUCAAAUGUUUCAAGUGUCCGGGUGUCUGCAUAGAUAUUGCUUUUCUUGUAUGAAACAGCAUGUAGAAGUGAAGCUACUUAAUGGGACGGGGGCUAAGUGUCCUCAUGAAGGCUGUAAAUCUGAAUUGAGUAUUGGAAGUUGUGGAAAAUUCUUGGAUCCAAAGUUAGUUGAAGUCAUGAGCCAGAGGAAAAAAGAAGCUUCUAUCGAUGUUGCCGACAAGGUUUAUUGUCCAUAUUUGAAUUGCUCGGCACUAAUGUCAAAACGUGAGGUCCUCGAGUAUACUAAUGAUUUCUUCGUUGGUGCUGAACAAUCUGGAGCUAGGAAAUGUAUGAAAUGCCAUCACUUUUUCUGCAUCAACUGCAAGGCCUCUUGGCACCAUAAUCAGACUUGCUAUGAUUAUAAAAGAUAUAACCCUAAGGUCCACGCAGAAGAUGCGAUGCUUGACUCCCUUGCAAAAGAGAAUCGAUGGCGCCAGUGUGUGAAGUGUAGCCAUAUGGUUGAACUUGCUUCUGGUUGCUAUCACAUCACUUGCAGAUGUGGAUAUGAAUUCUGUUAUAUCUGCGGAGCUCCGUGGAAGAACAAGAAACCAACUUGUACCUGUCAAAUCUGGGAUGAGCGGAAUAUUAUACACAAUACACAAAGGCGAUGAUUAUGGGUUUUGUUUAACAUGACUAUAACUAGGAUUUUGUUUAUAGCUGUUUUGCUCCUCCUUUUCCCACCGACUCUUUGAUCUCGAAAAAGAAACUGGGAGAGCUUUAUGCUUGUGUUUCAGAAAGACUGAGAAACAAAUGCAAAUAGGUUUCAUAAUGAUACUGGAUGCCACAUUACCCUUGGGUUUUUGUCUAAAUGUGUUUUGCCGUUUGCUUUUAGUUCAACUUCAGCUUGAUGUGCU